UUCAAAAUGGCGUUUGUGCGCCAUAAUCUAGUGAUCAUACUACUUCGUACUACAUUAACUCCUCGAACAUUGUUAUCGAGAGACCAAAUAAGGGCUAUAAACUUUUCUUUUGUUAGAAAGUUAGCAUCUAAAGCUCAAGUGACCGCGCAGGAAGAGAAAAAAUCGGAAGAGGUGAUCGAAAAGUCGCAACUAGCACGUGCGAAAGUCAGCGAGUAUUUGGAAAAAAGUGGGGUCCGUGUUCAAAGGGUCCGUAGACAGAUUGAUUUAAGGAAAUUGACCGUUGAAAAAAUAUCAAGAGUUUUUAAAAUUUUAGAUGAUAUUGGAAUUGACCGCAAUCAGCGCCACAAAAUUAUCUCGAAUAGACCUACUAUUUUGAUAACCAAGGAUGACUUGCUGAGACAUCGAGUGAAGAUCAUGAGAAGUAUCGGAAUCUAUCCCGAAUCUGUUGCUUAUGUCGUUAAGGAAUCGCCUGGGGUGCUAACGGCAAGAAUUGAAGAAUCUUUACCAGAUAAGGUCAAAUUUUUUGAAGAAUUGAAUGUAAAACCAAAGUUCACCAAGGAUGAAAUACUGCAUGUGUUGACAAAAUGUCCAACUAUCAUUGCUGCUUACACUGUGGAGUCAUUGCAAAAGAGGGUCCAGCUCUUGGAGGAAGAACUGAAAUUCAAUAAGCAUCACAUCAAAAAUAUCAUUCUCAAACAACCAUCUGUUUUGACGUUCAGUAAUGAUGCACUCAGAGAAAAGUGGAAUUACUGCUAUGAGACAAUGAAUGUGAGUCCAACAUGCAUAGCGCGUUGUCCAAGGGUAUUUCAGUGCUCCCUUAAAAGAAUUAAAGAAAGGCACUUGUAUCUAAAGCAUCUGGGACUCAUAAAAGAUGAAAUGAUAAUUGACGAUUAUGGUCUUGGACUCAUUGUGACUACUUCUGACAAAAGGUUUGCGGAAAAAGUUGCUAAAAUGUCAUUGGACGAAUUUGAUGAGUUCAGGGAUGAGCUUGACCUCUCAAAUGAGCAAAAUGAGGAGUGAUGCUGAAAGAGGUGGCAGCUGUCUUAAAUGCAAUAGACUGUGAAAAAUGAUGAUUACACUUUACAAACACCUUUCAACCCUCAAGGGUCACUGGCUUCUAGUUUCUCUUUGCUUUAUCUCCUGUGAACAGUGUAGAGAAUAUGAACAGUACUGUUAGGUUGUAAAGGGAUCAGAAUUAUUAUAAAUUAUUUUAGUGUAAACCACUAUGAAAUAUUAUCUUUCUUUAUUGUU